UGUACAGGAGCGCACGCAGGCGAAAGAUAGUGGACGCAAAUGUGCCAUCGACGCUGAAUGAAAAUGUGGCUUUUAUUGAUUUCGAAUACGAUGGAAAUGUGAAUAAUGUGAAGUAACCUGUGUCGGAAUAGUUCCUGUUUGUGACUUUACCGUUUUGCGACAUGCUGGCAUACAUCCUUUGCCAACAUUUGCUGGGAUUUAUCUGAACGGAACUUUGGAACGGCGGCGUCACCCAGUUAGUCUGGUGGUUUGGGAAGAACACGGUACGAAAAUGGGGAAACGCUCGACUUCGCUGCUCGCGCUCCUCCUGCAGCUCCUCUGCGGCUGCACAGGGAACCAAAGGAUGGAGAAGACAUUGGCCCUGCAGUUUACUCACCCGGUUUACAAUGCCACCAUAUAUGAGAACUCUGCUGCAAAGACCUACUUGGAGAGCCACGCCAAGAUGGGCAUCUAUAUCACGGACCCCGCCUGGGAGAUACGGUACAAAAUUGUGUCGGGAGACAAUGAGAACCUUUUCAAAGCAGAGGACUACAUUCUGGGAGACUUUAGUUUUCUGAGGAUAAGAACCAAAGGAGGGAGCACUGCCAUUCUGAACCGGGAGGUAAAAGACCACUAUGUGCUCACUGUCAAAGCUGUGGAGAGGGUCACCAAUGUGGAGGCUCGCACCCGAGUCAAGGUCCAGGUCCAGGAUACCAACGACCUGCGACCUUUGUUCUCGCCCACCUCCUACAGUGUCUCGCUGCCGGAGAACACGGCCGUACGGACCAGUGUUGCCAAGGUCACGGCUACGGACGCCGAUAUCGGGACGAACGGCGAGUACUAUUACAGCUUCCGGGAGUGGACGGAUAUGUUCGCCGUCCACCCCACCAGCGGAGUGGUGACACUAACCGGCAAGCUGGAUUACUCGGAGACCAAGCUGUAUGACCUGGAGAUCCUGGCGGUGGAUCGGGGCAUGAAGCUCUACGGCAGCAGUGGCUUCAGUAGCAUGGCCAAGUUGACGGUCAGGGUUGAGCAGGCCAACGAGCACGCGCCCAUCAUUACCGCUGUCACCCUCGCCCCCUCGGAUGCUGACCGCGACCCCACCUACGCCAUAGUGACUGUGGAGGACAAUGAUCAGGGACCGAAUGGGGAGAUAGCGUCAUUGACGGUAGUGGCGGGCGAUCCCCUCCAGCAGUUUAGGGCCAUGCGGACCAGUCCUGGGAGCAAGGAGUAUAAAAUCAAAGCAGUCAAGGAUGUAGACUGGGUCAGUCAGCCGUUCGGAUACAACCUCACGUUACAGGCCAAGGACAAAGGAAGCCCGCCUCAGUUUUCCUCAGCCAAAGUUGUACACGUUGCAUCUCCCCAGUUUAAAGUGGGUCCCCCUAAAUUUGAACGCGCCGUCUACAGGGUUAAUCUCAGUGAGUUUGCCCCUCUUCAUACACCUGUUGCUAUGGUAACCGCAUUGCCAAAGUACCCGCAGUUGAAGUAUGCUUUCAAAUACAAGACAGAGAAGAAUCGGUUUGCUAUUAAUCCAGAUACUGGCUUAAUAACCACUACUGGACCCAUCUAUGCGGAUUAUGCCCCUAAAUUUGAACUAGAGGUAAUCACCAGUGACAAAAAGGCCUCGACUAAGGUUAUCAUUGACAUCACUGACGUAAACAACAACGCCCCAGAGUUCCAGCAGACGUCUUACAAGGCUGCUGUUGACGAGAACUCGCCCGUAGGCACUGACGUGUUGGCCGUGAAAGCCACUGAUCUAGACAGCGGUGAGAACGGUUACGUGACCUACACCAUUGCCAACGUGAGCCCACAGCCGUUCGUCAUUGACUACUUCUCCGGAGUCAUCAGCACCUCAGAGGAGCUGGAUUACGAACUGGUGCCAAGGGUUUACAAUCUUAAAGUCAGGGCUUCAGACUGGGGUUCCCCUUUCCGGAGGGAGGUGGAGGCCCCUGUUACUAUCACACUAAACAACCUUAAUGACAAUAAACCUCUAUUCGAGAAUAUAGAUUGCGAGGUCACGGUGCCAAGAGACCACGGUGUGGGAGAGCAGAUAACGACGGUGUCUGCUAUCGAUGCCGACGAACUGCAGCUAGUGCGGUAUGCCAUAAGCGCCGGCAAUGACCUUGAUCUAUUUGAAUUAAACCCCAAUUCGGGGGUGCUUUCUUUGAAACGCACACUGAACGAGGGGGAGGUGGCUAAAGUAUCAUUCCAUAGCCUGCAGAUCAUUGCCAGUGAUGGCGAGCAUGAAACCGAACCAAUGUUUAUGAACAUCACAGUCAUCACAGCUCGCAAGCCUGUCCAAUUGAAGUGUGUCGACACUGGGGUGGCAACUAUGUUGGCAGAAAAGCUGCUUCAUGGCACCAAGAUCCAUUCCCCAACGGAGCCUGAUGAAAAUUUCAUGGAUAUCCAUUCAGUUAACCGCUACUCCCCUCAGUUUACAGAGUCCUUCCCCAGUGUCAUUGAGGUGAAAGAGGACCUUCAGGUUGGGGCGAGGAUUGUCCAUCUAAGUGCUUCAGACAUGGACAGUGGCUUUAACGGAAAACUGGUGUACGUUAUUUCGGGAGGAGACACAGAGAGUCGGUUCAUUGUAGAAAUGAACACGGGUUGGCUUUUGGUUCAUGCUCCUCUGGACAGGGAAACCACUGACCACUACACACUGAACAUCACAGUGUACGAUCUGGGAAUACCUCAGAAAUCCUCCUCGCGUCUCCUAGACGUUAAGAUCUUGGAUGCUAACGAUAACAGUCCGCAGUUCUUGAAAGAUGCGUAUUCGGUGGAAAUUAGUGAAAACACAUCAGUGGGCACUGAAAUCAUCCAAGUUGAUUCCACCGACAAGGACCAGGGGGAUAACGGAGUAGUCAGGUACUCGAUUGUGGCUGACACUGACCAAUUUGCCAUUGACGAGCUGACUGGAGUAGUGACAGUGAAAAGGCUGUUGGAUCGCGAGGUACAUCCUGUAUACGUUCUGAAGAUUGCUGCCCGCGACCAGGCCAUAGACGAACCUCAGCUUGUGUCCACGGUGUUGCUAAAGGUAAUUCUUGAGGAUGUCAAUGACAAUCCUCCCGGAUUCAUCCCUUCAAAUUACCACGUAAAGGUAAGGGAGGACCUCCCGAUUGGCACUGUGAUUAUGUGGCUGGAGGCUUACGACCCGGAUAUCGGGCCUUCCAGUCAGGUACGGUACAGCCUUAUCGACAACGGGGAUGGCAACUUUGAGGUGGACAAACUUAGCGGAGCAGUGCGCAUCUUGCAGAAUCUGGAUUAUGAGAAGAGGCAGGUGUACAAUCUCGUGGCAAAAGCCAAGGACAAAGGGAAGCCCCUGUCUUUAUCUUCGACGUGCUCCAUUGAGGUGGAUGUAGUGGACGUAAACGAGAAUCUGUAUCGCCCGUGGUUCCCCUCUUUUGUGGAUAAGGGAUUUAUAAAGGAGGACGCACUCAUCGGGACUUCCGUAAUGAAGGUAACGGCUCAUGACGAAGACACAGGCAGAGACGGAGAAAUACGGUAUUCCAUACGGGAUGGCUCAGGCCUAGGAAUAUUCACCAUUGAUGAAGAGACUGGGGUCAUAAGGACUCAGGAACUCCUCGACCACGAGACCACCGAGCACUACUGGCUGACCGUGUACGCCACAGACGGCGGUGUGGUGCCGCUGUCGGCUUUCGUGGAGGUCUACGUGGAGGUCCAGGACGUCAACGACAAUGCGCCACAGACAUCUGAGCCCGUCUACUACCCGUCGGUUGAGGAGAACUCGCCCAAGGACGUGUCUAUCAUCCAGAUCGAGGCGGUGGACCCAGACGCCCGGGCCGGCGACAAGCUCGGCUACAAAAUCACCAGCGGCAACCCCCAGGGUUUCUUCGCCAUCAACCCCAAGACAGGCCUUGUCACAACCACCUCGAGGAAGCUGGAUCGAGAGCAGCAGGACGAGCACAUUCUUGAGAUCACCGUCACCGACCACGGCGUUCCCGCCAAGUCCACCACAGUUCGCGUCAUUGUCAAAGUCCUGGACGAGAACGACAACCGGCCGCAGUUCCUGGAAAAGAUCUACAAGAUCAAGCUUCCGGAACGGGAAAAGCCGGAAAAGGACCGCGCUCUGAAGCGGGAUCCCGUGUACCGCGUGAUCGCCUCGGACCGCGACGAGGGCGUCAACGCCGAGAUCUCGUAUUCAAUCGAGGAGGGAGACGAGCACGGGAAGUUCUUUAUCGAGCCUAAAACGGGCCUGGUGUCGUCCAAGAAGUUCUCCUCGGCUGGGGAGUACGACAUUCUCACUAUCAAAGCGGUGGACAACGGUCGCCCCCAGAAGUCAUCCACAUGUCGUCUGCAUGUCGAGUGGAUCCCCAAGCCAGAGGUGGCGGCAGACGCGCCCCCCCUGGCCUUCGAGGAGCCCCCCUUCUCCUUCUCGGUGAUGGAGAGCGACCCCGUGGCUCACAUGGUGGGGGUGAUCACCACGGAAACGUCGGACACACCCAUCUGGUUCGAGAUCACCGGAGGAGACGUAGAAGAAGUGUUUUACGUCGCUCAGAUGGCUUGUGACCUGAACUGUACAGCAGCAGGUGGGAACUACGACAGCCGUUUCGACGUGGGCAAGGCCAGCGGGACCCUGAUCGUCGCGAGGCCCCUCGACGCCGAGCAGAAAUCCAAUUACAACCUGACAGUGGAGGCUACGGACGGCACGCGAUCCGUCAGCGCCCAGGUUCUGAUCCGCGUCAUCGACACCAAUAACCACCGGCCACAGUUCUCCCAGGCCCGCUACGAGGUGCGCGUGUCGGAAGACACGCCGCCAGAGACCGAGGUUCUCCGCGUCGGCGCCACAGACGAGGACGAGAAGAACAAGCUGACCUUCACCCUGCUGAGCAGCACCGACCCGUUCAGCCUGAAGAAGUUCCGACUGGACCCGGGCACCGGCGCCCUCUACACGGCCGAGCGGCUGGACCACGAGACCAUGCGGCGCCACACCCUGACCGUCAUGGUACGUGACCAGGACAUACCCGUGAAGAGGAAUCUGGUACGCGUCAUUGUGGAUGUGGAGGACGCCAACGACAACGCCCCUUGGUUCGUGGGCUCGCCCUACUCUGGACGCGUCUUUGAGUCGGCCACUGUAGGAUCGGCAGUCCUCCAGGUCACCGCUCUGGACAAAGACAAAGGCCAGAAUGCAGAGGUCACCUACAGCAUCGAGUCAGGAAACAUUGCAAACUCAUUUGCUAUUGACCCGGUACUUGGGACUGUUACUGUGGCCAAGGAGCUGGACCGAAGCAGCAAGAACCAGUUUGAACUGGCUGUGAAGGCAACCGACAAAGGAACGCCCCCACUGACCGCCACAGCAACAAUCCACAUUGAUGUUACUGUGUCGGACAACGCUACUCCAAGAUUCACUAAGAAGGAGUUCUCUGCUGAGGUCAGCGAAUCAGCCCCCCCUGGCAGCUUCGUCACUCUGAUCUCAGCAACCAGCCAGUCAUCUGUGUUUUACCAAAUCAAAAGCGGAAACACUGACAGUGCCUUGGAUAUAAAUCCAAACUCUGGUGUUGUUGUAACUUCAAAGGCUUUGGACUAUGAGAUGACCCCAGAGUACAGACUGAUCAUCCAGGGCACGAACAUGGCGGGUCUUGCGAGCAACACCACUCUGCUGAUUCAUCUAAAGGAUGAGAACGAUAAUGUCCCUGUUUUUCUCCAGCCAGAGUUUACAGGCAUGAUCAGUGAGUCAGCUCCGGUCAAUAGUGUAGUCUUGACCCCAGACAACACCCCACUGGUCAUCCGCGCCUCAGACGCUGACCGUGAAGCCAAUGCCAUGCUUGUCUAUCAGAUCGUUGAGCCGUAUGCCCACAACUACUUUGCCAUCGACUCAAGUACAGGUGCCAUCAGAAUAACGACUGCUCUGGAUUACGAGCAGAAAAGUGUGUUCCGCUUCACCGUUCAGGUCCACGACCUCGGAAUGCCACGUCGGUUUGCGGAUACUGCUGCCAAUGUGACCAUCAAUGUCAUUGACGUCAAUGACAGCCCACCACAGUUCACGCAACUGCUCUAUGAAACAACAGUGAUCGUACCGACUUACAAAGGCGUCAAGGUGAUCAAAGCCAAUGCCUCGGAUGCCGAUUCAGAACCAAACUCCAAGUUAUUUUUCUCCAUUUCGGAGGGAAACAUUGGGGAGAAAUUCAAGAUGGAUCCCAACACGGGCGUUAUCACCAUCCAGAACGUCACUCAGCUUAGAAGUAGAUACGAGUUGAGGGUAAGGGUAUCGGAUGGUAGGUUCGCCAACACUGCGUCAGUAAAGAUCAAUGUCAGGGAAAACAAAGAGAGCAGCUUGAAAUUCACAAGGGACACCUACAAGGCUUACGUCCAAGAAAACUCCUCUGAGAAGAAAACAUUAGCAGUCAUUGCCGCUGUUGGGAGCCUUGUCAAUGAACCCCUGUUCUAUUCCAUUCUGAACCCAGACAAGAGGUUUGAAAUCAGCCGCACAUCUGGGGUGGUUUCAACAACAGGGAUACCCUUUGAUCGUGAGGCGAACAGCGCUUUUGACAUUGUUGUGGAAGUAACAAGGGAGGACGCUUCUGCUGAAGUUGCCCAUGUUCUUGUGACAGUAUCCGUAGAAGACAUGAAUGAUAACCAGCCCAUGUUUGUAAACCUGCCCUAUCAUGCCUUGGUCCAGAUUGACGCAGAGGAGGGGCAGGCAAUCCGACAGGUUACUGCAGUGGAUGGGGACAUUGGUCACAAUGCGGAAAUCCAGUACUAUCUGAAAGAACACCACAAGCACUUCCAGAUAAGCCCCUCAGGAGAAAUCUCUCUCAAGAAGCAGUUUGACAAAGACUCCCUCAAUACCGAGUUUGUUGUCAACGUGGUGGCCAAAGAUGGAGGAGAACCGUCCCUUUCGGCAGAGGUUGAAGUCCCUAUUACUGUAGUCAACAAAGCAAUGCCAGUGUUUGAGAAGCCAUUCUACAGCAUCGAAAUCCCUGAGAACAUCCAGUUACAUACACCUGUCGUUCACGUUCAGGCUUCCGACUCCGAAGGACCCAAAAUAGUAUAUACUAUCUCUGAGGGAGAUCCCUUCGGUCAGUUUUCCAUCAAUUUCAACACAGGUGUCAUACAUGUAGUCCAACCUCUAGAUUUUGAGAGCCACCCAGCUUAUAAAUUAAGCGUGACAGCCACAGACUCAUUGACCGGUGCCCACUCAGAUGUCUUUGUCGAUAUCAUUCUGGAAGAUGUCAAUGAUAAUCCCCCUGUGUUCCAACUAAAGUCCUACAAUGCAAGUGUUUCUGAAGCUUCUUUCAUCGGCACUUCAGUUCUGCAAGUUGCUGCCACAGACUACGACACUGGCAACAACAAAGUGCUCUUCUACCAGUUAGUUGAGGACGAGGAAAAAAGCUCUGACUCCUUCAUUAUUGGCCGCGAGUCUGGGAAAAUCUGGACCAUCCGCAUGCUCGACCAGGAGGAUAAGCAGCAACAUAAGCUGUUGGUCCGUGCUGUGGACGGAGGAGUACCUGCCCUUUCCAGUGAUGUCACAGUGACAGUAGACGUCAGUGACCUGAAUGACAAUGCUCCAGCAUUCACAGAGAGUGUUUAUGAAGCCACGGUAAGUGAGUUGGCGCCACGUGGCCAUUUUGUCACUCAGGUCCAGGCAUCAGACGCUGAUAGUUCAGAUGCUGGGAGGCUUGAGUUCUCCAUCCUGUCUGGCAAUGAAGACCAGAACUUUGCCAUGGAUAAAAACACAGGAGCCAUUUCCAUCUCUAAACACCGCAAACUAAAGAUGGAUCCUCUGUAUAACCUUAAGGUUUCUGUGUCAGAUGGUGUAUUUAGGAGCUCAGGCAUGGUUAAAGUGACAGUCAUCGGUGCCAAUUUCCACAACCCCACCUUUCACCAAGUUGACUAUGUGGUUGAACUUGUGGAAAAUUCACCGGUCGGCACGUUAGUUGUUGAGGCCAAAGCCACAGAUGAAGACGAAGGCACAUAUGGCCACCUAACUUACCACAUUGUGAAUGAUUUUGCCAAGGACAAGUUCUCAGUCAAUGAAAAUGGAGAGAUUUUUACCCUGGAGAGUUUAGACCGUGAGAAUGUCAUGGAGAAGGUAAUUCCCAUAUCGCUCAUGGCAAAGGACGGAGGUGGCAAAGUAGGAUUCUGCAUAAUCAAUGUCAUUUUGACUGAUGUAAAUGACAAUUCCCCACAAUUCAGGGCAGUGGAAUACAGAGCCAAUGUAGCAUCAGAUGUCCCAAGGGGAACCACUGUGGUGAAAAUAUCUGCAUCAGACAUGGAUGAGGGAAGCAAUGCCGACAUUGCUUACGCCAUCGAAGCCGAAGUCGAAAACGUUGAAGAGAACUUUGAAAUCCACCCCCUCAGUGGAGUCAUUGUCACCAAAGAAAGCCUAAUUGGACUUGAAAACGAUCUGUAUGCUUUCUAUGUCAGAGCAAAGGAUGCAGGUAGUCCCUCCAAGCAAUCCAUCGUCCGCGUUUACAUCAGGAUAGUGGCCCCCGAGGUCCCAGUCCCCAAGUUUUCUGAGCCACACUACCGGUUUACCAUCCCCGAAGACAUGCCAAUCGGUACAGAGAUUGAUGUCAUCCAGGCAGAGAGCGAACAACCAGUGAUCUACAGCUUAGUGAAGGGCAACACUCUGGAAAGUAACCGGGACGAGGUCUUUGUGGUGGACCGGGACACUGGGGCCCUGAAGCUACAAAAGAGUCUGGACCAUGAAACCACCAAGUGGUACCAACUCACGCUGCAAGCCCAGAGCCUUCAGGAGGGCUAUGAAACAGUGGCAUUGGUUGAUGUCAAUAUCCAAGUCAAGGACCUCAAUGACAACAAGCCUGUUUUUGAGUCUGACCCUUAUGAGGCGGUUGUGGUAGAGAACCUUCCAGAUGGCACGCUGGUGAUCCAGGUCAAAGCCACCGACCAAGACUCCGGCACCAACGGUCAAGUCGUCUACAGCCUGGACCCCAAACAAACCUUGGCUGAGAUCUCUGAGCUGUUUGCCGUCAACAGUGAGACUGGCUGGCUGACAACUUUGAAAGAACUUGACCGGGAGAAGACCAGCAAGUACACCGUUGCCGUCCUGGCCACCGACCGGGGUGACAAAGUGCAGCUGGUAACCAGUGCCACUGUGGAUGUCUCCGUGGCUGACGUCAACGAUAACCCACCUCGCUUCACUGCCGAGAUUUACAAGGGCACGGUUAGCGAAGACGACCCUCCACCCAGUGGAGUCAUCGCCAUCCUGAGCACGACGGACGCUGACACUGAGGAAAUAAACAAACAGGUCCACUAUUUCAUCACAGGAGGCGACCCUCAGGGCCAGUUUGCCAUCGAGCACCUCCAGAACGAGUGGAAAGUGUUGGUCAGGAAGCCACUGGACCGCGAGGAGCGCGGUAACUACCUCCUAAACAUCACCGCCACUGACGGCACGUUUGCCGCCCAGGCCGUCGUGGAGGUCAAAGUGCUGGACGCCAACGACAACAGCCCCGUUUGCGAAAAGUCCCUGUACACAGAGAGUGUUCCCGAGGACUCCCCAGCCGGCCGGCUCAUCCUGCAGGUUUCAGCCACGGAUGCAGACAUCCGCUCCAACGCGCACAUCUCCUACGAGCUCCGGGGACCAGGAGCGGAGCUCUUCACCAUCGACCCUGACACAGGGGAGUUAAAGACCCAGCGACCAUUGGACCGCGAGGAGCAGGAGGAGUACCACAUGACGGCGAGGGCCCUGGACGGCGGCGGGCGCUACUGCGAGGCGGCCGUGCACCUCACCGUGGAGGACGCGAACGACAACGCGCCGCAGUUCACCUCCGACCCCUACGCCAUCACCGUCUUCGAGAACACCGAGGUCGGCACCUUCGUGGCGAGGCUGCUCGCCUCUGACCUCGACACUGGUUUGAAUGGCGACAUCCUCUACUCGCUCGCCGACUCGGCCGACGGCCACUUCUCCGUGGAGGAGCGCACCGGUGUCAUCUCCUUGGGGAAACCCCUGGACCGGGAGGCGCAGGCCGUCUACGAGCUCAAGGCGCGGGCCACCGACCGCGGCGCGCCUCGCCGCCUCUCGUCGCUGUGCCGCGUCACCGUCUCCGUGCUGGACAUCAACGACAACCCGCCCGUGUUCGAGCGCCGCGAGUACGUGGCGGCCGUGGCGGAGGACGUGGCGGUGGGCACGCAGGUGCUCCGGGUGCACGCCGCCAGCCGGGACGUGGAGGCCAACGGGGAGAUCUCCUAUGCCAUCGUGAGCGGGAACGAGCACGGGAUGUUCAGCGUGGACCCUCGUACCGGCGACAUCUUCAUCAUCGAGCCGCUGGACUUCGAGGCGUCCCAUGAGUACUACCUGACGGUGGAGGCCGCCGACGGUGGCACGCCGUCCCUCAGCGACAUGGCCACGGUCAACAUAAACCUGACGGACGUCAACGACAACAGCCCCGCCUUCAGCCAGUCCACCUACACUGCCGUGGUCGCCGAGGACGCCGAGCCGGGCAAGACGGUGUUGGCGGUGAUGGCGGAGGACGCGGACGGGCCCUCCAAUAACCAUGUGCGCUACUCCAUCAUGGGCGGGAACCAGGGCAGUCCGUUCACCAUCGACCCAAUCAGGGGCGAGGUCAAGGUGGCGCGGCAGCUAGACAGAGAGACGACAUCGGGAUACACCCUGACUGUGCUAGCGUCGGACAACGGCGUUCCGGCCCGGUCCAGCAGCGCCACGGUCAACAUCGACGUGUCGGACGUCAAUGACAACCCGCCCCUCUUCGCCCAGGCCAAUUACAGCCUCAUCGUCCAGGAGAACCGACCAAUGGGGACCAGCAUUCUCCAGCUCACGGCGAGCGACCGGGACGCCACGCACAAUGGGCCGCCGUUCGCCUUCUCCGUGGUCGACGGCAACGAGGGCGGCGUGUUCGAGGUGAACCAGCAGGGGGCGCUGCUUGUGGUGGGGCAGCUGAAGAGGAAGCCCAAGGAGCACUACGUCCUUAUUGUCCAGGUAGCGGACAACGGCAAGCCUCGGCUCUUCUCCGCGGCCUAUGUCAGCGUCCGGGUCAUCGACGAGAGCAUCUACCCGCCCGCCGUCCUCCCGCUUGACAUUUACAUCUCCGUCGCCGGCGACGAAUACCCCGGAGGCGUGCUGGGCAAGAUCCACGCCACCGACCAGGACAUCUACGACACCCUCACGUACAGCCUGGCUCCGGGGUCGUCCGGCGCCGCCGCGCCGUUCACCGUCUCCGCCUCGGACGGCAAGGUCAUCGCCCGGCUCCCGCUCGACGCGGGCCACUACCCCCUCAACGUCACGGUCACGGACGGCCGCUUCACGGCCACGGCGGACGUGAACGUCCACGUGCGCCAGGCGACGCGCCAGGCGCUGGACAACUCCAUCGCCGUGCGCUUCGCCUCCAUCGCGCCCGAGGAGUUCGUCGGGGACUACUGGCGCACGUUUCAGCGGGCGCUGAGGAACAUCGCCGGGGUGCGGCGAAGCGAGGUGCAGUUGGUCAGCCUACAGCCCUCGGAGCAGGGGACAGGAGACCUGGACGUCCUGCUGGCUCUGGAGAAGUCCGGGAGUCCCUAUCAGCCACAGGAGGUCGUCUUCCGCAAGCUGAACUCGUCGGCGGCGGUCAUCGAGGAGAUGACGGGCGUGCGCAUCGUGCGCGUGGUGAAGAAGCUGUGCGCCGGCGUGGACUGCCCGCUGCGCUUCUGCGACGAGGCGGUCGGCCUGGACAAGGCGGCCAUGUCCACCUAUAGCACGGCCCGCCUUAGCUUCGUCACGCCGCGGCACAUUCGCACGGCCAAGUGUCAAUGUGAAGGUGGCAAAUGCCCUAUGGUGAACAAGCUGUGCGAUGCCAACCCCUGUCCAGAGGGCAUGGAAUGCGUGGCAGACCAGAAGGAAGCCAAGUAUAGCUGUGCCUGUCCAGAUGGCGGAAAGCAGGGCAAGUGCUCCGACGGCCACUCCCUGACCUUCAGCGGGUCGGGCUACGUCAAGUACCGGCUGAUGGAGAACGAGAACAAGGAGGAGAUGAAGCUCUCGCUCAGACUGAGGACCUUCUCCAGCCACGCCACUGUCAUGUACGCCAAAGGCACCGACUACAGCAUCCUGGAGAUUGUGAACGGCCGACUGCAAUAUAAGUUUGACUGUGGGAGCGGCCCGGGCAUCGUCUCAAUACACAGCACCCAGGUGAAUGACGGCAACUGGCACACGGUCACACUCGAGGUGGACGGCAACUACGCCAAGCUGGUCCUGGACCGGGUGCACGCCGCCUCGGGCACAGCGCCCGGAACCCUGCGCACGCUCAACCUGGACAACAGUGUCUACUUCGGCGGGCACGUGCGCCAGCACGCCACUUCAGCCGCCGGCCGCCACGGCCACAGCCUGCCCGUCACCAACGGGCUCCGGGGCUGCGUGGAAGCCAUCGCGCUCAACGGCCAGGAGCUGCCGCUCAACACCAAGGCGCGGCGCUCCCACGCUCUGCUGGAAGACGUGGUGGACGUGACGCCCGGGUGCGCCCUGGCCCCCGCCGACGCCUGCUCCAGCAACCCCUGCACAAACGGGGGCAGCUGCUCCUCACUGGCCCACGGAGGUUACUUCUGCAAGUGCACGGCCUCCUUCAUGGGCACUCAGUGUGAGGUUGGCAUCAGCCCAUGUGUCUCCAACCCCUGCCUGUACGGGGGCACGUGCGUUCCACGCGAAGACGAUUUCUACUGCCAGUGCCGUGGACAGUACUCCGGACAACGUUGCCAGGUGGGACCAUACUGCACAGACAACCCGUGUAAAAACAGCGGGAAGUGCAUAGACAGCCUGGACGGUCCUGUCUGUGAGUGUGAUCAGGGAUUCCAGGGUGACAGAUGCCUCAGCGAUGUGGACGAGUGCACGAAGAAUCCCUGCUCCAAUGGCGGCCAGUGCCAGAACACGUACGGCUCGUACAGCUGCAACUGCUCCCUGGGCUACAGCGGGCGACUCUGCGAUCUACGCUCGGAGGUCCGCAACGAGUUUGUCUCCACCUCCUGGAACAUCGGCCUCGAAGAAGUGAUCGGCAUCGUGGUCUUCGUGGCCUCAAUCUUCCUCUUGGUCCUCCUGUUCGUGGUGGUCCGGAAGAGGGUGUGCCGAAGGAGGUCCAAGUCUGACGACGACAAGCGCAACCCAGGAGCACCCCACUCCUUCCUCCAGCGUCCCUAUUUCGACGUCAAGUUCAGCAAGAACAUCUACUCGGACGUCCCGCCGCAGGUGCCCGUGCGGCCGAUCUCUUACACACCCAGCAUCCCCAGCGAUUCGCGCAACAACCUGGACCGCAACUCGUUCGAGGGCUCGGCCAUCCCCGAGCACCCCGAGUUCAGCACGUUCAACCCAGACACGGCGCACGGACACCGCAAGACUGUGGCGGUGUGCAGCGUGGCGCCGAACCUGCCGCCGCCGCCGCCGUCCAACUCGGUCUCUGACAGCGACUCUAUUCAGAAGCCGAGCUGGGACUAUGAUUAUGAUGCUAAAGUAGUCGACCUGGAUCCUUGUAUGACCAAGAAGCCAGUGGAAGACAGUGCCUGUCACUACAACACCAGGGGCAGUAUGUCAGAGGUCCAGUCCCUCAGCUCUUUCCAGUCCGAGUCUUGUGAUGACAACGCCUCCAUAGUGACGGCAAUCCACCUUGUCAACUCUGUUGUUGACUCAGUGGAAGGAGAAGAGUCUUGUUUGGCUCACGAUCUCAAGAACCCAAGAGGCUACCACUGGGACACAUCUGAUUGGAUGCCAAGUGUUCAACUUCCUGGAAUCCAGGAGUUCCCGCAGUAUGAGAUCGUGGAGUCCCCGGCCCCCCUGUACAGCGACCCGAACGCCAUCGACACCGACUACUACCCUGGCGGCUACGACAUCGAGAGCGACUUCCCGCCGCCGCCCGAGGAUUUCCACGCCCACGAGGACCCGCCCCCGCCGCCGCUGCCAGAGUACGGCGACCGCUACGACACCCUCGAACCACCGCGGAGGGACAGCCCCGGUUCGGCCUCCGGUGUGCGCCGGCGCCCGCCGCUCCCCCAGCUCUACAGCCUUAACCAGUACCUACCGCACCACCAUUGCCCUAGCGACGCCGAGGGAGGCCCGGGCAGCUCCGCGACCGACACCAACGCCACCACAACACCGGCGUCCACCCUGGGCGGAGCCGGCGGCUACCGGGGCGGCUACCCCAUGGGGUAUGGGCGGGGGGACUUCGACACGCCGGCGCUGGACAACAUGUCCAUGUCCCUGUACACGUCCACGGCCUCCUGCUCGGACAUGUCGGCGUGCUGCGAGGAGUCAGAGGUCAUGCUGAGCGACUACGAGAGCGGCGACGAGGGCCAUUUCGAGCGGCUGGCCAUCCCCGCACUGGACUCCCAACAGCACACUGAAGUCUGACACUGGAUCCAAACAAAAGUGCCUGAACACCCCGCCCCCUCCCUAUCCCUUCCACACCUCUAGCAUAACACCCCCCCGCCCGCCCGCCCGCCCCAUGUAUUGUACACACAUUUCACAUUACACACCCAGGAAAAUGAAUUUGUUGAUCUAAACCGGGGGCGUUGAGAUCUGUUGUCGAGACUGGUCUUACUCUGUGAAGGUAGCUUGGCUGGGCGGAAGUUUCUCUACGUAGAUAUAAUUGAAGAUCGUCGGACCCUGUAGCUUCCUAUGUGGCCAACUCCUGCAGUACUGGAAAAAUACCCCCGUUUCAGUUGGCUGUGCCGUUGCUUUAGGUAAAUGUCAAUCAUGCAAAUGAAAUGUCUGACAGAAAAGCACACUGAGAUGUACAAGUGAGAAAAAAAAUAGCGUUCAACACAGAAAUUGAAAAGAGAAAAAAAAGGUGAUAUCUGUAUUUGUAUAGGUAAAACCGUGCAAACUGAUUUUUGAUACAAAUCCUCAUUCAUUUUCAAUGUAAAUUUAAAUGUACAGUUUUGAUUUCAAGGUUUACUAGGUUUUGUAGAUAUUUUAUGCUUUUAUUUUUGAGGAGAAAAAAAACCAAGUUAAAUGGUGUGUGGCGUUAUCAGCCUUCCUGUUCCUUCAUUCACAAGAAAAGAAAACCGAAACUUGUUUAAAAAGAGAAGAGCGCUGCUUUUCCAAAACACAUUGUAUCCGUAAAAAGUUUGUCUCCUGCUCAUUUCAAAAAGGGUCUUCGAUGAGCGACUGCAUAUUCUUGUGUUGUUCUAUUUUUUAUUUGUUUGUUUGUAAAUGGCGACUUUGGAACCUCUUUAUUUUUCCACCACAAAAAUGGGACCCAAUAUAUUUAUAGUGCAAAGUUAUCCAUGGACACGUGACUUUUUCAGGUGUCUGUGUGUGUGUGAGCAAUGCUAUGGUCUUGUUAAGGUUUUUAUUGAAUACUGCCACUAGCUCACGCUUUCCUACUGGCAAUAAAUUAUUCAUAAAAAAUA